AUGAACGCACUAACGCAAAGUAUUAGUCCAAUACAGUCGUCGCUUGGCCGGUUGCAGGAGCUCGAUACCACCGGUGCGUCCUCCUCAUCCACCCCGACCAGGGUGGGUGGCGUGGCCUCAACCUCGACAGCGGCCGCACUGAUUCUCUCUGUCAGCGGGGGUGACAAUCGAACGAGCGCCAGUACAACCCUCGUCGUCGGUACGGCCACCGUCGGAGAAUCACAGCACACGAACGAUUUCCUGUCCACCUCGCUGUCCUCUCCGGUCGCUUCUUCCGUGGCCGCCAAUUAUCUUCUUCAUCAGCAUCAUCUGCACCAGCAACAUCAGCUCGAUCAGCAGCAACAUCACAUCCAUUCGCAGCAACAGCAUCUGGACAAUCGUGGCUCCUCUACGGUGGCAGCGACUAGUGACGGAGGCUCUACUACCGGUAGUAAUAGUGUUGUUUCGAAUGGGUCCACAUCUUCACUGUCACACAAUGGCAAGCAACAUCAGCGCAAUGGUAGUAGCAGUAGUAGCAACCAGGCACCCAUCUCAUCCUCACCGGAACCAGCGGGAUCACUUACGAACUCGUCGCUAACUCAUGUGACGCAUCCAUUUCACACGAGCAACUCUUCAUCUACGGCCCUCACAAAUGAUUUUUAUCCGGACUAUCGGAUCAGUUCCGGGUAUCGGCUCAAUUCGCACCAUCAUCACCAUCACCACCAUCACCACCAUCCGCACCAUCAUGGGCCACAUCCACGGGACCUGACGACAUCACCACCGGCCACCAUUACUGGCCAUCUUCCCUGGACGCCAGCGGCAGCAGCCGCCGGUACCUUCAUACAAGACAGUUGUGAUAGUUACAGCUUGCGCCACGAACACGGGACAAAGGGAAUACGCAACGAACGGUCGGCAUUUUUCGAUUUCGCGACUACUCCUGCGACGGCACAUCCGGCCGCUGCUGCUGCCGCUUAUUGCUACCGUCUGUCCACACCUCCCCAGCUAGUCAAGCGCGAACCGAACGAUGUAUCGGCGGCCGCUGCCUGGCAUUCCUACUCGGAGCGCAUGUUUUCUGACCCACUGUACACCUCGCUCAAGCUACAGACCGCUCAGCAAUCUUCACCACCGCAGCUCGUACCGCAACACUCCAUCUUCCCUGACUCAACAUCCCAUCUGGCAUCGGCAGCGGUAGUAGCGGCCGCAUCACUCGAACAUCAUCAACAUUCACUCGCGGCCAUCGGGACGCACGGUGUACAGCAAGGUGAUGGUAGUCACGCGACCGACCCCUUCCUCCAUCAGUCCAGCGUUGGAGGAGGCUAUCCGUAUCGUCAACCAGCGGACAUCGUUACAUCGAGCGAGACCGAUUACUGUACCGGGCCUGGUGGAACAUCCGCAUCCAUUGCCAGCAUCACCACAACUACGAAUCCUUCUCCACUCGGCACUCUACAGCAAAAUGGCUCCAACGGAACACUUCAUCAACGGCGAGGAUCACUACAACUGUGGCAAUUCUUGGUGGCACUACUCGAUGAACCCUCGUCUAGUGCUGGUUGCAUCGCUUGGACCGGUCGUGGGAUGGAGUUUAAGCUGGUCGAACCGGAGGAGGUUGCCCGCCGGUGGGGCAUUCAAAAGAACCGACCCGCCAUGAAUUACGAUAAGCUUUCGCGCAGUCUUCGCUAUUACUACGAGAAAGGCAUCAUGCAGAAGGUGGCCGGCGAACGGUACGUGUACAAGUUCGUUUGCGAUCCUGAAGCACUCUUCAACAUGGCGUACGGGACGUCCAGUGCUCAAACUAGCCAAUCGUGCGGCGGUGGUGGGUCCGGGAUGGAUGGACCACUAGGUGGUACGCACGGUGGCCAUCACGGUGGUCCGAAUGGUACGUCCUCCUCUUCACCGAACUGUCACAAUGCGGGCCCCGGUCCCGGUGGACCACAACUCGUGGGUAGCGAUGUAACGGACGACGUGGACCGAAAUCCUUACUUCAGCGGAAGCUCAGCGGUGUACAACCAAAGCGGCUGA